GAUUGUGACUAACAGCUCUGGCACAUUCAGUUCCGACCUCUGAGAAUACCUUCGCCAUUCGAUGCUAAUGCAGCCCGUCUCUAAAGAAGGUGGCGCUAUCGGAACCCCCUCCGAACACAAACAGAAUUCUCGACAUUGGAAGCCGAGCUCCAGGCAGCGACUGCGGCGUUUUAUGGGAAGCCAAGUAAAAAUAGCAGUAAACCAAGCUGGUUCAGAAGGUAUUUACGGUGUCUGGCCGCGGCGCUGACAUGGCUGGCUCCCUGCUCCGAGCCUGCCGCAGCCUGGCCCUAUCCUCCUGGCUGCUCUCCUUCUGCUUUGUGCGCCUGCCGUGCCUGGACUUCACCGUGGCCGAGAAGGAAGAGUGGUACACUGCGCUGGUGAACAUCACGUACCGGGACCCGCGGAGCUCGGAGGUGCACACGGAGCGCACCGAGUGCGGCCGCUACGGGGAGCAGUCCCCAAAGCAGGAGGCCCGCGGCGUGUUGGCCAUGGCCGUACAGCCGCGGGACCGAGAAGCGUGCGAGCAUGGAGCCCGCUUCGCCGUGCCGCCCCACGCCGCCGCCUGGAUCGCUCUGAUCCGCCAGGGAAACUGCACUUUCCGAGAGAAGAUCCGCAACGCCGCCGGCCAGAACGCGACGGCCGUGGUCAUCUUCAACGUGGGCUCCACCAACGACACAUUCACCAUGCCCCAUCCAGGCACUGGGGACAUCGUGGCCAUCAUGAUCCCCGAGUACAAAGGCAGGAAGCUGGUGGCCUUGUUGGAGCAGAACGUGACCGUGACAGUGCACAUCGCCGUCGGCACCCGCAACCUGCAGAAGUUCGUCAGCCGCACCUCCGUGGUCUUCGUUUCGAUCUCCUUCAUCGUGCUCAUGAUCAUCUCCCUGGCUUGGCUCGUCUUCUACUACAUCCAGAGGUUCCGCUACGCCAACGCCCGUGACCGCAACCAGAGACGCCUUGGUGAUGCAGCCAAGAAAGCCAUCAGCAAGCUGCAAGUCCGCACCAUCAGGAAAGGAGACAAGGAGACAGACUUUGAUUACGACAACUGCGCAGUUUGCAUCGAAGGCUACAGACCUAAUGAUGUGGUUAGGAUAUUACCAUGCAGGCACCUCUUCCACAAGAGCUGUGUGGACCCUUGGCUGUUGGAGCACCGCACGUGUCCCAUGUGCAAGAUUAACAUCCUUAAGGCCCUCGGCAUUCCUCCCAACGCUGACUGCAUGGACGACAUCCCCCUGGACUACGAGACCUCGGUCGGGGAGCCGCCCACCAGCCUGCCCACCAGAUCCAGCAGCCUCACCCUAAACGAGAGCUCCGUCAUUCUAGACCCGGCAGUGCGCUCUGUCGGACUCCCUCGCCUCUACCGUGACUCGGAGCUGCUGUCCCAGGCUGGAGAGCGCCUCAUGAUGGCCAGCAGCGAUCCACAGUCUGCCUCCAGCAGUGACCUGGAUGACUCCUCAAACCCGCCCCUGGAGGCGGGCCUCUCUGACCUGGAGCCAGCCUCCACACCAGCACCGGAGGAGCUGAAAUCCUGAGGCGCUGCUGUGCCGAGGGCAUGUGCCCGUCGCCCGCGAAGGGGGAUAUGCUUUACUAGAGGACGUCAGGCCGGUUUUCCGUAUCACUGCUGGGUCUCGCUGGCCGUGUGGAACCAGAACUCCAUCCUCAUUCAGACUGUUGAGCCGCCCUGAUCAGUAUCCGGCCCCCCUGGCCUGGAUUCCAGCCCCU